GCCAUAUUUUCCAAAAAAUAAAAAUGACAUAAUUUCGAAGUUCAGUUUCAAGCCCGCAUCUGAAAACUACAGAAACUGUAACGUAAAGAAGGAAGGACAGUGUUCACCAUGGCGCCCCUUGACUGGGAUCACAUCAUGGGGUUGAACGCCAAGGGACUGUCCGAGGAGGACGCUGAGGAGGUGUACGGCAUCCUCACAGAAGCUGCUCCCGCUGCCUCAGAGUCAGCAGAUCACCUUCUCCAAUUAUUUGAUGUCGCUCGUUCCGUGAUGCAGCUGAAGAAUGAGCAGGCCAAGGUUGCGUUUGAGGAGCUGGAGAACUUGGCCCAGAACCAAGGCAAAGAAGGAGUCCGCAACGAGCAAGCUCUACUUGAUCAGAUCAGAGAUCUUGAGGAGGAGAACAAGAGAUUGCAGCGUCUGGGAGCAAGUUCCGGGUCUCGAGACAUCCGAACUUUGCAGAACGAGAUCCAUGAGCUGAGUCAACAAUCGGAUCUCCUCCAGAGAGAGCUGAAAGAGAAGGACAGAGAGCUGAUUAAGGAACGGAGAGAUGGCGAAAGGUUUGCAUCCAGAGCUGAGGAAGCAGAACGGGAGAUCAGGGAGCUCAAACGUGAUAAUGACAUGUUACGAACAGAUCUCCGAGAUUACCAACGUCAGAUGGAAUCACAGCGGGAGAGCAUGCUCCAACGACGAGGUGAUGACGUCGAGUUUCAGGACAAACUACGAGGAAAGAACAGAGAACUCAACGAUCAGCUUGAAGAAAUCCAGAAUCUGACGGAAGCCAAUGAGAAGCUCCAGGAGCAGUGUGCUGAGAUGACGGCCAAGCUGGGGACAGCAGCUACAGACAUGGACGGCAUGGCCGGGGCUCAUGCUAAGCUGAAACUAGUCCUGCAACAGACGGAUACCGUCACUCAGAAUCUGGACAAAGAAAACGAGAUCUUGAAGGAACAGAUCCAAGAUUUGACGGACCAGCUACGAGGCAAGUCAGGUGUAGAUGAUGACAUCAUGGAGGCUCUGAAUAAGAAAGUGGAAGAGUGGAAGAAUUUACUUUCUGAGAAGGAUGAAAAGAUUGAAGAAGUGAUAAGUGAAAACAGACAUCUUAAGGAGAUGCUGACUGCAGCUCAGAUGGACACCGAUAAAACAUCAGUGGUUGCACUCUCAAAGGCAUUAGAAGACAAAGAUAAGCAGCUGGAUUCCUUGAAGAAACAGUUAGAGAUAUCAGCAGAUGAAAUGGCUGAACUGACCAACCAACUGGAGGAUCUUAAAAAGGAUGCAACACAGGGUGGUGCGCCACUUGUCAGACUUCAAAACACGAUCCGUGAUCUUCGGUCGACGAUUAAGGAUCAAGAGAAAGAGACCAAAUAUGCGGAGGAUGGGAUGGAGCAGGCUGACGCUGACGCUAGAGAGAAGGACAAACAACUGACCGAAGCUCUGACCCGAAUGAGCGAAUAUGAAGCGGGCGAAUAUGGUCUUGUUGAGGCUGUGCAAGAGAUUAAAGAGUGCAAGAAACAUAUCACAGUCAGAGACCGCAACAUCGAAGACCUAACCCAGAAUGUCAACAAGCUUGAGAUGGCACUGAACGAUCUAUUAGAAGAGAAUGAAGAGUUGAGGGGGAGACUAGGUCUUGACCCAAAAGAAGCUCUCGACCUCGGUCAGAUCAGACUGACGAAAGCAUUACAGCACCAGCAGGAUAGGGCACUCAAUCAGGUCCUAAGCCAGGAGUUGGAGCGACUCGAAGCUGAGCGAUUGGACCUGAAGAAACAAGUGCGUCUUCUGGCCCAGCAGAGAGCUCAGCGAGCAGUAGCACUCGGGUUGUCGGCAGAUGACAUGGUUGCCAUCGAGGAGUUUACUGAGGGACUCAAGGUCAAGAAGAAGUCUGGCGGGAUCGGUCUGGGGGACACGUUGACACAGUUUGUGAAGGGUGAACAACGGAUUGCUCCUUCGGAUUCUCUCAGGCUUAAGGCUAACCAGCUAGAGAGAGAGCUCGUCAAGGCAGACCAGACGACGGAACGUAACCGCAACCGAGUCGCUGAGAUCGAAGCUCGGAACCGCCAACUGAUGGAUGAGAACGCACAAUUGGAACUAAGCAUUAAAGGAAUCCUUGCAGCCCUGAAGGAGCAAAAUGAGCAAGGUGGUUCAACAGAUCUUCAGAUACCGAACCUUGAAAGGCUGGUUGUGCUUCUUGAAACUAAGACCUCAGGUGGAAACUACGAUGCGAAUGUUGUAAUGAAAGCUCAGCUGGAUCAGCUGACUGGACGUAAUGAAGAGUUGAGACGAGAGCUACGACAGACUAGGAACGAGAGCGAGAAAGGGGGCAUUAAUCUGGACAGGGCCAAUAACAAGAUUACCAGACUAGAGCAGGAUCUGCAGGCAUUAAGGGAAGCGGGUCAGGGUGCCAUUACACUUCAUCACAUGCAGCUACCUCAAGGCAUGGCUGUAUCUAGUGCAGAGGUUAUUAGCUCCCUCAAUGAGCAACUCAUACAUGCACUACAGGAACUCUCCAAUAAAGAGACACAGUUGACUCACUGCGAGUCGUCCCUCGUUGUCUACCGUCGUCGUUUCGCCGUCCUACGCCACCAGCAGGGUCUACUCUACCAGGAAUACAAGGAAAAACAGGAAGACUGGGAAGGGCAGGCUGAAACAUGGGACAAAGCAAAGCACAAGUUUGUAGACCAGAUAGAACAGCAGGAGGCCAAAGUUCAAGAAUUCAAUAGGUUGUUGGACACAUUGCAGCAGAGUGGAGAUGAGCCCCAGCGUAGAAUGGCUGAAGCUACCAGGAAGAUCACCGUACUCAGGGUGAAUGAGAGAGCCCUCACGAGGCGAUUUACGGCCAGUCAAGAAGUGGAAGGAACUCUCAGAAAGGAAGUGAACAAGCUUCGGAAUGAGAUGGUUCAAAUGGAGACAGCAAUCACAGAGAGACUUGGGUACCUCCAAAGACAUAAGGAAGCUUCUCAAUUCAAGAUAGCAGCUCUUCAGCGAGCAUUAGACGAGAGCGUCCCAUCGGCUGAACUAGACUCCUCCAAUCGUCAAUACAAUGAGCUAGCAGCCAAGUAUAGAGACCUCCUACAAACAGAUAAUAAACUAGUGGCUAGGAAUACUCACAUCGACCAACUAGAGUCGGAGAACAAACGUCUUGAAGAGGACGUUGACACCAUGAAGAGAGAAUUGUCAACAGAGAAAGAGAAAUUACACACGCUGGAGCUGGCUGUGGAAAACCUCGGCAAGAUCGGAGAGGGCGUCAGCAAAAGAUCUACAGUGGGUACCAGUGAGCAUCUAUCUCUUGCUAAACGUCUGACUACCAUGGAGAUGAAGGAACUGAACGAACGACAGCGAGCAGAGCACGCUGUGAGAAUCCAAGACCAGCUUCGUAAGACCGUCGUCGAGAUGGAGAACAGGAACAUGGAACUGGAGCAGAAGUUUGCUGAGCUAACCAGACUAAAUUUAGAAGCUCAAAGGACGGAGCAGGAGUUGCGAGACGAAUUGACGACGUGCGUUACUAAGGCAGCCAGCGAUGUGGAUAAGAGACGUAUCGUCGAGUUGGAGAGAUCAGAGACGACGUUACGACUCGAGAGUGAAAAAUUAAAGGAAAUGGUUGACGUUGCGUCAUUUCAGACCAAGGCUUUGGAAUCGAGACAAGUGUCCAGAGAGAAGGAAGUUCUAUCACUACGGCAACAACUGAUUGAUAUUCAGACGCAGAGUGAUGAAAAGGCAAUCAUAGGAAAGCUCCAUCAUCACAUAGUAGCCCUUCAAGUGAGUGAAGGAACGGCUGUCCGCAAACUGGAGGCGGCCAAUGCCAAGAUAAAAAAACUAGAAGCCCAGAUUCUAAGACUUCAGCGCCAUCUGGAUGAACGAGCCCAGAGUCUGUAUCACUGCCAGGUAGACGCCCGCAACAAGGCCAGGCAUCUUAAGAGGACUAUUCAGGAACUCAGGCGUCAGUUUAGUGGAGCUAUACCGCUAGCAGAUCAGGAGAAAUUCUCCAAAGCCAUGCUUCAACUGAAGACGGACAAAGAACACAUGCAGAGUGAAGUCAAAGUGUUGAAAUACGAGCGAGAGAAAGUGUCUGACCAGCUGGCAGAGUUGGAGAUGAAACACCAGGGACUUCAGGAGUUAAUGGAGACCCUUCAAGAUGGUAAAGGAGCUGCUAAGGUUGCUGAAUGGCACGCUAAGAUGCAAGACACCAGACUGCAACAUCUUAAACUGUCUAGACAGAUAGGACGACUUCAGGAACAGACUAAGUUUCUUGACAGUCUGUCGGCCAAGCAUGAGAUGACCAUCACAUACCUGGAGCAGGACAACGUGCGGAUCACGAGGGAGUCCGAGGAAAGACAGUUACUAUGGGAACAGCGGGAGGUGGAACUAGAGAGAAUGAUUGACAGCUUAGAGAGGCAGCAGAAGGAGAUGGCUAAUGCUGCAUUAAGGUUUGAGGAGGCUACUGGCUCGUUACCUGAUCCUAGUUUACCGAUCUCCAGUCAGCUAGAGCAUGCAAUCCGCUCUAUCAAGAAUCAUAUCAAGACUAUACUGGACGUCAGAGCAGAGAAUAAGACACUACAGAAGAAACUCUCGGACACCUCGAUCCUCCUGAAGGAGGCAGAAGACAACCUCCUCCAGAGAGAUAAGAUUAUCAACGAGCUUCGACUCCGCCUCCCAGCCUCCUCAGAGCGAGAUGAGAUCAUCAAGGAUGGAAUGGCGCAAGGGGUUCGCUUUAAGGCCCUGGAAGAAACCUGCGAGCAUAAACAGGCUCUCAGGGUGGCUCAGACACAGAUAGAAGGCUUGCAGACACGCUUACAAAAGAAAGAGGAAGCCUUGCAGAAAUAUGUGGAACUACUGGAUGAAGCAAGACAGGAGUCGGCUGGGGAACACAAGAAACAUCUUGAAGAGAUCAACAAUCUGCACUUGAAGCUCCACGGCCAAUCAGACGCUGCCUUCAAUAAGUUUAAGAAAGCUGCUCAGACCCUUGUGAACCAGCCAGGAGCACCUGUUCCCACCAAUAAGCAACUCGCUCGGCUGCAGGAACUUGAAGAUCUUCUCGCUGAGCAAGAUAACUCCCUCUCAGCGAUGUCGAUCAGGUUGAAAGGAGCCAACACUGAGACCAGCAAGUGGAAGGAGGUGCUGGAGCGGAAAGUACGAGAGAAUAAGGCUACCACAGCUAGGCUGAAGGGUGAACAUAAUGCAGAAGUGACACGCCUUGAGGGUGAAAUCAGCGGACUGAAGAAUGUCAUACAAGAAAAAGAAGACGAGAUUAAAAGUUUGCAAUCAGAGCUUGACUCGCAGAAAGAGGCCAAUGCGAGGGCGCCAACAACCACAAUGAAGUCUCUCGUAGAGAGACUCAGACACGACUUGGCUCUCAAAGAAAAACAACACAAGUCUCUGAGUCAGGCGUUACUUAAGCUAAGAGCUGACAUGGUAGAGACGGCACAGCAGAAUGUGAAGUCUAAUGCUGAUGAUCAAGAACAACAGAUCAAUGUGCAGAGACUGCUGGAGAAGGAGACUAAACAUAUCAGGGAGCAGUUGGAGGAGGCUCGGAGCAAGUUCGACAGCGCCAAGAAAGACUUGAAGAAACACAGAGCUCAGUCGUCCUCUCUGAACAGAGAAAUUCAAGAACACAAACGGGAUUUUGACGCCAAAUCAUCAGCACUCCAGAAACUGCAGGAAGAACACAAGAAGCUGCAGCAGAAGAUGGAUGUACAGAUGAGAGGUCAAAAGCAUGCUGAUGAACCCGAAAAAGGGCCGUCGUCAGAAACCGACAAACUCAAGAGACAUAUACAAGCACUAGAGGAACAACUCCAACAAACGAAGGGGUCAGAUGUCAAAGGGGUGACCUCUGACCCAAAGAAAGAACAGUCUGUCGUUGAGGUGGCCAAAUGGGAGGAAGGCAAGAAGUGGGAGAAGAGAGUUGAGAGUCUGAAGUCCAAGCUGAAGGAUAAAGAUAAAGAACUUGAGCAGUUACUGAAGAGCAAUAAGAUGAUGAAAGAGGCUCUGAAUCGGACAGAGAGGGUCAAAGCCACGACGUCAACCAAACUUGAAUCCACUAGGAAGACGCUGACCUCUGACCCUGCUGUUGAGGAGCUGAGGAAUCGAAACUAUGAACUGGAAGAAGAGGUGGCAUCAAUGAAGCGCAAGCAAGCCUUGGGUCAAAGUUCACUGAUGGAGGAAGUUCAGACGAGAAAUCGACAGCUGACGGAGAAGCUAGACUUGAUGGAGAGACAGAUGGCAAAACGAUUGGCUAAGAGUGUUGAGCCUGGAAGUGAACCGAGCAUCGGGGCAGCUUCCCGACCAGAAAAAGAAGAAGCCCUCCAGCGUCAGAUCCUAGAGCUCUCCCAGGAGAAUCUGGAGCUCCGAUUUGACUUUGAGAAUGCUAACAGAGACGUCCCUAGACUCAAGCAACGCAUUGAAGAUCUACAGAGCUACAACGAGGCGCUAAAGGCCGACCUAGAGCAAGAGAGAGGUCAUAGAGCAAAGAGUCGGCUAGCCUCGACGACUGGAUCUACUUCAAGUCUCAGGAAGUCCCAUGGUACAAGCGGCAAGACAGUUCCUGAGCUUGAAAGGACCGUAGGGUUGAUGAAGAAGGUUGUUGAGCGUGUACAGAAGGAGAACGAAGACUUGAAGAAGGCUCCAGGGGUAACCUUACAGACAGAGAUUCAUGGACUCCGAGAAGAAAACCAAAACUUAAAGACUGAACUCAACAAAAUCAAGCACCAAGUCGGAGGUCAACUAAGCACUCGUUACGAAAGCACCCAGAAGGGUGUCGCUAAGGCUGUUGCCGAGAACAACAGACUGAGACAAGAUUUGAGAAAAGAGGUUGAGUCCGUUGAGAAACUGAGGGUCAGUCACAGCCAGAUGAGCCUGGAUAAGGAGAGGUUACAGCGUCAACUUGAAGAGAGCCACGAGAAACUUCAGAUCGAGCAAGCCAGGGGACCUAGACUUGAAGGAGCCGACAGUAAGAGCUGGAAAUCCAUUGUGGUGACAAGAAUGUACGAGGAGAAGCUGAGGAAUACAGAGCAGGAGAUGGAGAAGAAGAAUUCCACAAUUCAAGAUAUGAAACAGUUGUUGAGAGACUCUGCCCACAGGGAGCAGGGUCUGAUGCAGCAGGUUGGGGAGCUGAGGGAGAAGGUGGCCAUCUUAGAGAGGUUUCCAACAGAUGCGUUGACCUCUGACACGGAACUAGUCAGAGAGCUUCAGCAGACCAGAUUGACCUUGAAUCGUCUUGAGAAUGAGAAAGCUGAACUACUGAAUGAACUCAAAUUGUUUCGUCUGCAGGGAGGUCAACCAGGGGAAGGUGCAGGCGGCAAAGAUGAUUUCCUGACAGAAAGACUCCACAACUACAAUAAACUGAUGGAAGAGAAUGUGGACAUCAGAACGGAUUUCAAAUCCCUCCAACUUGAACAAGAGCGAUUAAAACGGGAUAACGAAAAGCUUCGUAAAGAGCUGGAGCAGUUUGACCCAGCAUUCUUUGAAGAAAUUGAAGAUCUCAAGUUCAACUAUAGAGAAUCUGUUCAACUCAAUGUGCAGUACGAAGAACAGCUACGCAAAUUCUCCCAACAGUUUGGAGUUUCAGUCAACAUUCCUCCUGCGAGGUGA